CCCACACGAGAGGGGGUUUGGGUUUGGGUUUGGGGUUUUGAUUUCGAUGCGGCUGCUAACCAGGAGCUGGAGAGCCCGGUAGGCUGCUGUGCCGGCCGGCCUCAGGCAGCCCUGUGGGCGGUGGAGGGACCUGCUGAAUAGCUAAAUGCAUUUGCUCCUGUCUACAACCUUUCCUCACGCUCCGUUGGGUGUCUUCUUGACUUUUACACCUACAGACACCUCAGAGUUUUGAAUGGAAAAAGAACGAAGGCUCCUUCUACUGAAAAAGAGCUUUGUCAAAUUGGAACUAAAUUUAAAAAAUCUACAGAGUUGGCUUAGGGCACAAGACUCAGAUAAUUAGUGCUGGAAACUUUACUUACCGAAAUGAAACACAGUCUGGUGUGUCAGACACCUCCCACUGUCACUGUUCGUGUAAAAUCAAGCGCAUCCAGAUCACAUCAGCAAAAAAACCUCAUUAGACUGAAGCGGCCUGCUUUUAAUGACCAUGAAGAAAAUGGUGAAAAAAGGGUUCCUAGUCAUAAGUAUAAAUGUCCAAAGGGACCACGUCUAGUUAUUCAGCGUCAGGAAAUGACAGCUUUCUUUAAAUUAUUCGAUGAUGAUCUAAUCCAAGACUUCCUUUGGAUGGACUGUUGCUGUAAAAUUGCAGACAAGUAUCUCUUGGCAAUGACUUUCGUUUAUUUCAAGAGGGCUAACUUCACAAUAAGUGAGCAUACCAGAAUCAACUUCUUUGUUGCUCUGUAUCUGGCAAACACAGUUGAAGAAGAUGAUGAAGAAUCCAAGUAUGACAUUUUCCCAUGGGCUUUGGGAAAAGCCUGGAGAAAGCUCUUUCCCGAUUUCUUAAGGUUACGAGAUCAACUAUGGAGUAGAAUUGACUACAGGGCUAUUGUAAGCAGACGCUGCUGUGAAGAGGUGAUGGCUAUUGCUCCAACACAUUACAUAUGGCAGCGAGAACGUUCUGUGCGCCACAGCGGAGCUGUCAGAAGCUACAAAGAUGAAGAAGCACAGCGGCCCCGAGGACCUAGUGCUACUCCUACAGACUGCUUGCUUUGUGGUAAGAAAGGAAGAUUUGUACGACUGGGAUUAUCAUCAUCUUCCUCCUCAUCUGCUGGCACUUUGGAGAUGAUGGAAUUCCAUUCUACCCAGAAUUCAAAGAACACCUUUUCAAGUGAAAAAAUGCUCAUUGACUCUCCUCAUUAUGCCCAAGACUGUCAGAACUUAUCCAGCAAAAGGAGACAAGGUAGCACCUUGAACCAAGACAAAUCAAUGGAUUGGUUUACAAGUAAUGAAGAAUGAAAUACACCCAACAAGAUAGAAAUGGAUAUCGUGCUUUGCGGAACAAUCUAUGUCACAUUGCAACACCACAACUGACAAUUCUGUUAAAACUUUUCCCUAUACAUAGUAGGUGGGAUUUCACACUUCAUAUGCAGUAGAAAUCAAAGCAGUCAUUACUUAAAAGUUACACAACUUGCAAAAUGUAGCAGCUACUUUGUUAGAUUUUAUUUUAUUUUAUUCUGAUACAAUAAUUAAAUUAGCUAACAUCUCAGCAGCAUCAAGAAAGCAGUGGUCGAAACUUUCUCAGCUUGGUAAGGAAUGCUAAUUAAAAAACAAAACAAGUUACUACUUCAGUAUUUCAAUACACAAUUAUUAGUUUAUUAUUAUAAAUUUUAUGAUUUCACAGUAUAGCAACAUGUCAAAUGCUAGUACAAAAAUUAAUAUUUUUAAAAAUAAAAUAUCACUAAACAUUUAAAAAAAAAAAACUUGUGUCUCACCUGAAUGAGCAUCCUGCCAAUAAGAUGGUUUAGCAAUGUAAGGCACUGAGCAGUAUGUUUCAGCAUCAUCAGAAAGUGAUUCUGUGAGAAGUAAAUAUUUUUAAUUCCUUCCAACAAGUUUAAAACCUACAUGCAGACUAGAGUUGCCAACGCACAUGGAUUAUUUUUCCUUGACAUAUUUUCAUUUUCUUUUUGCUUCUGUUAAAGUUGUCAGUAGUACAUUCAGACCUCUUUGCUCUUCUACUAUGGAUUUGGAAGUCUAUACUAGUAUAAGGCACCUUUUUUGAAUUUGCCAGAACAGCAGGACUACAAAACACAGCACACUGGUAACUCUUCUUCUAUGGAAUCCUUAACCCAUCAGGGUCCUCUUGCCCCUCAGGGCCCCAUCAGGGGAAGUAAAACAGACUGAACUUUAUGAAAAAAAAAUUGGAAACAGUAGGAGGACAGUCAUUCUUUAUUUGCAGUUUGCAAUUUAUUUUCUGUUUAGUCUAGAUUUUUAAUAAGAUAUUUAAAUAACCAUUAAUAUAGCCUUUUUCAAACCUGACAAGGUCCAGGCUGUGCAAAAGCUUGUCUAUUCUUCACAACAAUCUCAGCUAAUCUAAGAAAAAAAUACUGCCUCUUCCUACAAACUUCACCUUCAUUAUAUCAUUGGAUUAUCAAAUUGCAGUAACAGGCUAUCUCAUCAGCAAUAAUGUUCUUACCAUUGUAUUCACUUUCUUUAAGAACUACUUGAUCCUGAAUGGGGGCUUCUUCAUAUUCCUUUUGAGAUGGUUCUUCAAUAUUUUCUUUAGUUUCCACCAUGUGGCUUGAUUUGAAAUUCUUGAUUUUAGCAGGGAGUACCAUCCAAUUUCUAUGAGUUACCUCAAUGAUAUUUUCACAUACAAAAGGGAGCUUGUAGGUCCGUAUUUUGUUUAAAAGGUCAAUAACCUGUGUAAUGCUUUUGAAGAAAUACAAAAGAAAAAGUAGUACUUUGAAAACUCAAAUCGUACACGGUUAGUCUCCAUUCUACUGCCUUUGUCACAUUCUUUAUCUUUGAGUUUACAUGAGUUCUUCAGUUUUAGGGUAAAGGAGCUAUCAACCUGACUACUGAACUGGAAAACAGUACAGUUAUUUUGAGGAUGUCAUUAAGUGAAAUCUUCCACUGACCAUAAUGACAGUGUUCCCAAAAUAAAUGCCAAAGGAUUUGACCAAGUGUAAUUUAUAUUGAGUCCAACUCUCUAAAAAAAAACUACCCAGGGCAAAAAAAAAAAUAAUCAGUUAAACAUUUAAUUAAUGAUGGAUGUAUAUUUUAAAAGAUGUUUAGGUGAUGCCUGAAUAAAUGGGUAAGUUCCAGAAGUAAAUACUUACUUUGCUAAAUACACAGCACACACACCACCUUGUUUUAGACUUGAGUGUACAACAGGCAGAGCCAACUGAGGGUUAAGCAUAUCCAGAACUAUCUGGAAAAGAAUGUUUUCCCAGUAAAUAUUAACGUAUCUAUAACUUUUUCCAUAACAACGCUUCAAAAAACAAUGUUUAUCUAUGGAAAAUGAAUGCAUUCAACAGCAGUAUGUAAUCACAAAUCAGUUUUAUGACUGGCUCUCAAAACUUACACUUUAAUUACCUACUAAUUAAAUUCUGUAAUACUGACAUUAACAAAAACUUUUGGAAGAUGACAUUUACUAACACUUUUGGAUACCUAGUUUUCAAAUGUAAAAAAAAUAAAUGUUCAAGUGCAUCUUCAUCAUGAAAAGGUCACACUACUGUCUUGAUGUCUAACUUGCUGUUUGCAUCAAGAUUUAGAAAACUUCUGUCUUUGGCAAUUUAUACAUCUGCUGGAAAACUAUUCAAACUGUAAAAGUCAGAUAUGCAAUAUCUGAUCUUUCCUGUAGACCGUUACUUUUUUAGUUUUUUUAAAAUGGUAUUUUUAUGCUAUAUAUUUUAUUUCUUUGCUCAAACUGUUUAAUACAGUUGUCGUUUGUUUAAAGCGUUAAUGUGAGUAGUUUGUCUGGUUUACACAGAAGAGUGCUUAACAUCUAGCUGUUUUCCCCAGCACACCUCCCUUUAAAAGAUCCGGAGAUAAAAAGUAGGACAGGAGAGCAAGAGCAUUCCUUACUCAAACUUAGGCUUUAGUUACAUUGUGCAUUCUGUAUAGCUGAUAGGAAAGUGUUUACAUAUUUAUAUUUUCAAUAACGUUAUGCAUUUCUCCUGAAUUUAAUGUUUAAAAUGCAAUGUCUUACAUACUUUCUUGGAUUUUGGAGAAAUCAGUAUUUUUGUAAGUUUGUCUUUGCUUACAGACAGCAGUGAUUAUUUGUAGGAUUUCUACACUACAGCCAUAUUGCUCUUUAAUUUGGAAACCUGUAACUGGAACCUUGAAAAUACUUGUAACCUGACCAAAAAAAAUAACGAUGUUUCUUUCAUUGAUGGA